CACCGCCCCCCUUGCCCCGUGGAAACUAGUAGAUGCAGCUCUUCCAAGAGAAGCUGGCUGGGACUCCGCAUCGGAUGAGAAAUUAAUGGGGAGAGAAUCUGCUUGACAUCUUCUGCCUCUUCAUCCUAUCCGUCCAAGCAUGCCACUCUCUCGCCAGUCUCUGGAUUGCUGGCCCUGCUCAAUCCACGUUUCCUUUGUUCACCAUGUACCCCACAAAACCCCACACGGCGUCGUCCCAGCGGACCCCUCCCAUUGGCUCCCGUAAGCAGUUUCGUUGCCCCGGUGAAGUAAACACAGCUUCUACCAUCCGUCUUUCUACGCUACACCCGUUGAGGAGAAGAGGCACCAGUCCAGUCCCAAGUCCCAGAGAAGACCCGCCUCUGUUCACGACUGUGUCGCACCCCCCAACUCAAACUGGAGCACUGCUCCUAUCGCUAUCCUAUCUGCUCGUCCAUUUUCUUAUUCCUCGCAUGCGCAACGGAGCCAACGCCAACAUGGAGUCUACAGAGAACGGUGGUACCUUCCGCUCCGGCCUUCGCGCCCCUCAAGUCCACACGAGCACCACGACCACGAUGGCCCCGAGCGCAUACCUCCAGGAGAUCACCAAUUCGGACCAGAACGCGCGACCUCACCCGUCGGGCCUCCUCCCGUCGAAACGCACAUACAAUGGCGCCGUCCCAGACCGCGACGCCAAGCGCAAAACACUGGCGGAAAGAGCUGGUGAGCCUAUCUCCAAAUCGCAACUGCCAGCAGCUACGCCUUCAGUCUCGAGAAUGACGGGCAUCGGCCUCAAACCCACAUCUAUCGCAUCUCUUGCAUCUACUCACCAAACCGCUACCGCAACAUCCUCACGGCCACCAACCACUCUUCCAGGAACCUCCCGCCAUGCCAGCACCAACAGCUUUUCGCGAACCAUGGGUGCCGGAAGCCGCCCACCAAUAUCAGGCCGAGCACCCAGCUCCAUGGGCUUCAACCCAUCGAACACCAGAGGAACCACGAGAUCUCGACCGGCGACAGUGAUGAGCGGGCGAUCAGCGGAAGAAGAUGGAGGACCAGCCGACCAAAAGAAAAGUAGGAAUUUUUCUGCUUCCUUACAACCCCGUACCAACAAAGUGCGGACUCAAAGAGGACGAUCUACAGCCUCUGAACAGUCCGUCGGAAUCCGUGCUCGAAUGCCUAGCAAAGAGGAGUUGACGCUCAGCAAGCGGAUGGGCAACCUCUCGCUCAAUGAUGACGUCGGCGACAUAGCUAGCGGAAAUCAAGUGAUAUCCAAGGCAAAAGAGCACUCCCUUUCUCUUAUGUUUCAGCCGCCCGACGGACAAGAGCAGCGAAGUUCGACUCUCCAGAACCGCCGGGGGGGAGCUACCAGUCCGGACCCGUUUAGGACCACCAACUCUCAGGCCAAUUUUCCUAGUGUACCAGUCACCCCGCCAGAGAUCCGGAAUGGCCGUGUGGCACUGGAGAAGCUGGGCACCACGGUCAGGAGCAUUGCCCAGACCCCUUGUUCUCCUACCAAAUCUCCGUCUCCUAAAAAGUUACCAUUCUUGACCAAGGACUCACAUUUAAAAACUUUCACAGGCUGGGACGUAGACGGUCGGCUUCACGAGUUCGAGACGCAGUUCAAAGAGAUGAAAGAGGCCUUUGAUACCACCAUUACCGACAGAAAAGCCCUCGAGGAGGCUAUUCAGUUUGCGAAGAAUAGGGCGAGUGAUCUUGAACGUGAGCAACAACGGUUGAUGGACCAAACUGCACAACUACAGGGACAAAUCAGCUCUUUGCAACAUGACAACCUCUCCAUGCAGCAAGAAAAGCAGUCAUUAAUCCUACAGUUCGAGAGCGAGCGGCAAAAGCACAAAUACGAACUCCAGGACAAGUCACGAGAGCAUCAACACGACGUCGAAGAAAUCAAGCGAGGGUUCAAGGCCGAGGUCGAACAGAUGAAGUGGGAACACCAACAGGCUUUGGAGGCAAUGGAGAGACAAUACCGAGCGGAAAUGAAGGACCGACAGGCCCAAAACUCAAAGGAGCUGGAGGAGCUACGGGCCAAGUUGGGGUCAAAACAGGAGGACAUGAAUCUGGAAGUCCUCCGAAAAGACCGCCAGAUCCAGGAAUUACGGUCCCUUAUGGAAGGCCUCAAGCUGGACUUGGACCGGGAACAGACGGUCAAGGGUAACCUUCAGCAGAAACUGACCGAGAUGUCGACGACAAAUAUGACUUUGGAAGACCGGUUACGAGGCCUUAAUGCCAAGAUCGAAUUCCUGGAAUCCGACAGCAAGCAACAAUCAGACUCGUUUGCUCAUAUGGAGGCCCGGCUGCAGGAUGCUUUGCGGGUCGCUGAGGAAGCUCGCGAGAAGUUGAUCAAGGAGGAGACGGAGCGCCGGGUUCUGUUCAACAAGUAUCAAGAGUUAAAGGGCAACAUCCGUGUGAUGUGCAGAGUACGCCCCGUGCUUGGGAAUUCGGAAGGCAACCCAGCUCAAAUCAGCUUCCCUGACGAGAAGACAUCGGCUCAGAUCGACGUCACCCAAGAAGAGAAGAACAGCAUGGGCAUGGUGAGCCGAAAGGUAGUCCCAUUCGAGUUUGAUCGUGUAUUUUCCCCAGCGGUCCACAACGAGGAGAUCUUUGGAGAAAUUUCGCAGCUCGUGCAGAGCGCUCUUGACGGCUACAAUGUCUGCAUCUUCUGCUACGGUCAAACAGGAUCCGGCAAGACCUAUACCAUGUCCUCGCCCGAUGGCAUGAUUCCCAGAGCCACCCACAUGAUUUACGAGACGAUUACGAAGUUGAAGGAGAAGUCAUGGACAUAUACGAUGGAGGGUAGUUUUGUCGAAGUGUACAACGAAGAGCUCCACGAUCUGCUCACGCCUGGCAGAGAGUCGGAUGGAAAGAAGAGACUCGAAAUCCGCCACGACGACAGCCGCAAGCAGACUACAGUUCUCAACUGCAAGACAGUGGCGCUUGACUUACCCGAUAAGGUCGAGAUGAUGCUCAAGCAAGCCCAGAACAACCGCAGCGUUGCCGCUACCAAGGCAAACGAGAGAUCUUCGCGCUCGCAUUCCGUCUUCAUUCUGAAGCUGGUGGGUGAGAACUCGGCCACCAACGAGCGUUGCGAAGGCACUCUCAACCUGGUGGAUCUUGCUGGUUCCGAACGUUUGAAGCAUUCUCAAGCCGAGGGCGAGCGCAUGAGGGAAACGCAGAACAUCAACAAGAGCUUGGCAUGCCUCGGCGAUGUUAUCGAGGCUCUGGGACGCGGGUCAGGCCACGUCCCAUACCGCAACUCCAAGUUGACGCAUCUCUUGCAGUACUCGCUCAGCGGGAACUCCAAGACGCUCAUGUUUGUUAUGGUCAGCCCACUAGAGGCCCAUCUGAAGGAGACAAUCACGAGUUUGCGGUUCGCCACCAAGGUGCACAACACCCAUAUCGGUACGGCCAAGUCGACGAAGAAGCUUGUCAAGGACCGGGCAACCGACUAUUAA